GAAACAAAAAAUUAUGAUAAUUGAAGAGAGAAUUGGCUACUGGAGAGCACUGAGUCAUCUCGCCGUAACGAUUCUCUUUUCUUUGGUUUGUGGGUCUUCUUGCGAGUCAAUUUUAGCGUCUGAGUGCGAAAAAGAUGAAAGUACUGUCAAAUAACACGCGGUUUGGGUCCAAAAAGCUAUUGGUUCCUGCUUUAUACAAAACAUAGUUGGUUGAUAAGACCAAAGGAAGCUUACAGCUUACUGGGAAGUGAAUUUGGGAUUGAGGGAUCCGAUUUGCUACGGUUGCAGGAGGCGGCCAUGAGUUCCGCGGAAAUAGCUCCUUCUAAUUCUUACGAUUGCAAAAACCUGGACGCACACAUUUCUGAGGAGCUAUGGUAUGCAUGCGCUGGUCCGGGAGUUGCAAUUCCUCAAGUAGAGGAACUUGUGGUCUACUUUCCCCAGGGACAUCUGGAGCAGACUGGGGGAGUCCCCAAGCAUUUGCAAGAUGUCCCCUCGCAGAUCAUAUGCCGCGUGCUGAACAUCGAGCUCAAGUCUGAAGAGGAGUUUGUCUAUGCCUCGUUGGUCCUGCAACCUGAACUAAUUCAUGAUUUUGAGGUGAUUGAGAACAAGGGCCUACCUCCAGCAAUGCCAAGGCAUCCUGUGCCUUACUUCUGCAAGAAACUAAGAGUUGUUGACACAAUGGCCCAUGCUUGGCUAUCCAUACCAAGGAAGCAUGCUGAGAAAUGUCUUCCUCCAUUGGACAUGACCCAAAUAGCACCAAUGCAAGAGCUUGUGGCAAAGGAUUUUUCUGGGAUGGGGUGGCGCUUUCAGCACAGAUUAGUGGGACCAAGGAGGCAUCUCCUUCAAACUGCAGACUUCGCAACUUCCAAAAAUUUUGUUGUGGGAGAUGCUCUUGUCAUUUUGAGAGGAGCAGAUGGUGUGCUACGAGUUGGGGUUCGACGAUCGAUGAGACAACUUAGAAAUGUAUCUUCAUCAGAAAUACCUAGUACUCAAGGCCUUAGUAUUCUUCCAAGUAUAAGUCAUGCUGCAACCACAAGAUCCAAGUUCACUGUCUUAUACAGACCUAGCAGGGCUGGUACAGAUCAAUUUGUUGUGUCAUAUAAUCGAUAUGUUGAGUCCAUUAAGGGCUGUUACAUGGGUAUGAGAUUUAGAAUGAUCUUCUCGAGGGAAGCUGCAACGGAGGACAGGGUUUCAGGUACUAUAUCAGGAAUUGAAGAUUUUGAUGCAGCAUGGCCUUGUUCAAAGUGGAGAUGCCUAAAGGUUAAAUGGGACAAAAAAUCACCAAUUGAAAAUCUAAAUAGUGUUUCACCUUGGGAAAUUGAGCCAGAAAAGAGAUCUUCUGUUCGCAUUCUUCCAGAUUUUGUAACAAAAAGAACCCGCGGUCAAAGAGGUUUGCGGAGAGAGGAUCCAAAACAAAAGGCGGCAGUACUAUUGUCACAUGAUUCUCCUUAUGUCGAUAUGGAAGCCUGUCUCAACAAUGCCAAAAAAGUUCUCCAGCUGUAUCACGAUGACUCCAUGAUGCAGGAAUCGUCCUCUAUUGUAGAGAAUAGGAUAUAUCUCUCUGCUGUCGAUGACCUUAUGUAUCUUUCAAGGGGUCCAUCUUCUGGGUUUUCUGCUGCAGCCGAUAGUGUUCGCAUGCAGGCACAAGCAGCUCUCGACAUUGAAAUGUCAAAUCUUGCAAGAACAUUAUGUGGCCUCAAGUUAUGGAACACCAACCAUUUUGAGGACCUAGAUAGCCCACCACACCAUCCAAGCACGGUCAGUAACUUAAACAGUCCGUUAGCCUUGGAUGGACCAUGUCUCUCCUCAACCAGUAGCGAGCCAGUUUCAUUGAGCUCCAAUAGCACUGGUGCUUCAAGCAUAGACAGUGAUUUGAUACCUGCAGAAGACUGUUCACCAUUGCACAAUGUUAUGUCUUGCUUGGAGGAAAAUAAGCUUGAUCUGAUCAACCUAACGUUGGUCAAUGUUGUUGCGAGCAUAGCUCGCCUAAUGAUCAAAGCUGGAUACAAGGAGAGAUUAAGGGAGACAUUCACCGAUUUAUCCCGAGAUUUAAUCAGGGAUUUCUAUGUUCUUGACUUUAAUUGGAUCUUUCGAUGCCGUUCGUGGGUUGAUGAAGGUGACUCCAGGCACUGCGGGGAUAUGUCACUACAGUACUGGAAUUCAGCAUCACAGUUCAUCACGAGAAUGCUUGUUGAGAUGCGGCGGCAGCUAAAUGAACAGAACUUUGGUGCCUUUGAUGAGCUCAAGGGGGACUACUUUGCAAAGAUUGUGGAGCAGCCGGUUUUAAAGUUACUGAAUGUUGCUUCUAUGUCAGCUGCUCUUAAUAAUCUGUUGGAGGAGGUCCCUCCGGGAUUGGUCGAAUGCUUGUCAUCCAUCUUCCUCAGAAUCAUUCAUGCGCUCAGUACACACAAGACAAUUACAGAUGUUGUCCCAACUCUGCUGGAGUUGGUAUCACCGGAAUGCAGAGAAUCUGUCUCUACGGAGGCUGAAGCAAUACGAGAGAGAGUGGAGGAUGUUGUUCGCAGAAUGCUUGAUACUGCAACAAAUGUGAUUUCAUCCCUUGUUCUGCCAGAAACUGAAGGAAGUGGCAUUCAUCCUGUUACCAGAGCUGUUGCAAAAGGCAUAGGGUCGUUGUUUCAGCACAGAGACACUCUCAAUUUAAUUCUUGCUCACAACUGUUGCCAAACGCUUCAAGGUAUCCAUACCACAAAAUCGUUUAAUUUCUUGAUAUCCAAUCUGAUGAUGCAUCUGGAAUCAGUUCUGGAACAGAAUAGUAAGCUCCUUGUGCAGCGAGAGUCGCAGUACAUAUUCUUGCUGAACAAUUUGCAGUUCCUUCUCCAGCGAGUUGAGAGCUCAAUGACCAAUGAGGCUACUGGAUAUGACUGGGUCGUGCGGUACCAGGAACAAAUUGAGCAUUCCCUGGAGGAAUACAUUGAGACCUCCUGGGCACCAGUAUCCUCUCACUUGGCAGAGAAGGCUGGAAAGCAUCUUAGUUUCUGGAAGCCUUCAUGUGUGCAACAGUUCAUCACAGCCUUCCAAUCGGUUUAUGAUAUUCAGAGGCAUUGGAAGGUCCCUGAUCCUCAUCUUCGUCAAAAGCUGAGGGUAUCUAUAUCAAAGAAAAUAGUUCCUUCAUACUGUGAUUACCUGAAAAAACAUCAAAAGGAUGACAGGUGUUUAAGGUUAACAGCAAAAGAUUUGGAGGAUAUGGUGGAAGAAUUGUUUGAAGGAUGACCUGAAGGAACGUUGCUAAAAUCAGUGAAAUAAAGUUGUAGUUACAUCAUGUGUAACUCAUACUGUGGACACUGUUAAGAGCUAUUUUCGGCAAGUUUCAGGCAAUGCAUUAAAAAUGAAUUCU